AAUGUAAUCAAAGGAAUAAAAUGUAAGAUACGAUCAAAUCCCGCCCGCAUGAUGCAAAAUGUAAAAACCGCAGGAGGAGGAGGAGGAGCCGGAGCCUUUACCUUCGCAAAUGCCCAUAUUUCCAUUUCCAAUUCCCCAAAUCAACAAACGGUAUUUCAUUACAAUUUCAUCGCAAAUGUCCUCUGAAGAUAUAGGGAUGGGCCCCUCCCACCCUCACCACCUGGUCUUCCAAGACGAAGCUUUGCCCUUGCGCUUCAAGACACAAAACCUCACCGGCUUCGUCGACGACAAGCUUUUCUUUUCGCCUAACCAAGGUGCCCACUUCCGCCGCAGCGACUGGAAUGCCAAUGGCACCGCCACCACGCCCAGCACCGACGAAUCCGACGAAGAUGUCGAAGACGAAGACGAAGACGAAGAAGAUGGCAACGUUGAAGUUGAAAGACUUGUCGGUGGUCAUGAAGAAAGCGGCACCAACAACAACAGCACUGGCAACAAUAUCGAUAGAAAUAUCCAUUGGAAUACCUCCAAUGGCCGUGGCAGUGUGCAUGGUGGAACGGACAAGAUGGAAAAUGGGAAAGCCAAGAACCACCAUUCCACUUUUGGGUCGACUAGUAGUAGAGCGGUGUUGUUGAAGGACGGGAGCGUGAGUCAGUCGGCUAAUGACGCAACGAGCGAGGAUCAUCACCAUCAGUUGGGAAGCCUCAGGCUCGGGGGUUACCAGGAUGCGGUAACGAUUGCGGAACCUGAUCAUGGGGAGUUGUAUUACUCUCAGUAUUUGCAGGCUACGGAGGGUCUACUGCUGUUGCUGUCUGCUUCUGGGCACAAGGACACAGUUGUAGUUGUGGACAACAGUGGCGGGUUUAGUGGGAGAAAGGAUGUUUUCAUUUCAACCGAUUCCGGAGAGUCUCUAAGGGAAAUCCUCUCCGAUCCCAUAACAGGAGCUCUAAUGGAUGAUGCAAUGAUAUUACCUUGUGGACAUUCCUUUGGUGGUGGUGGAAUGCAGCAUGUUACCAGAACGAAGGCUUGCUCCACUUGUUCUCAGUCAAUUUCAGGAGACUCAAUAGCUCCAAAUCUUUCUCUGCGAGCUGCUGUGCAGGCAUUCCUUCGGGAAGAAGAAUUGCAGUUUUAUCGCUCAUCGAAAAGAAGAAGAGAAAGGUUUGACCAGGACAAGGGUGGUUAUGGUGAUUCAACUCUCAUGGAUACUCCAAGGGGUAGAGGUGUUCAGUUUCCAUUUGCAGUGACAGACAGGGUCAUCAUAAAGGGGAACAAGAGGACGCCGAUGCGGUUUGUUGGACGUGAGGCUAUUGUAACAACACAAUGCUUGAAUGGAUGGUAUGUUGUGAAGACAUUGGACAAUGCAGAGAGUGUAAAAUUGCAGUAUCGUUCACUUGCCAAGGUUUCAGAUGAUGCAUCCUCGAAGUCAAUGCCAAGCAAGAUGGCACCAAACUGGCUCUAGAACUGCAGCAUGCCAAAUGGCCAAAGUUGGACUGUAUAACAUGGUUUUACUAAUAUGCGACUUUGAAAUAAUUUCACUCUAUCCUGGAAGUGGGUUCUUGUUUGUUUACAAGCGACUCGUGAUAUUUUGGCCUUGUAAGUUAGGGUGCCUUGUCAUUGCUGGUUGGAGAAAACCCGAAUGAGAGUUGAGGUGGGAACACAAUAUGUAAUGGUCAUCUUCGCUUUACUCAUGCGAACAGAUGUCUCUAUAUUUAAUUAAGCCAAGCCCGUCUUUGAAAGGAAAA